AUUAUUGUCUAAAAUUCGGUUACAUUCUUAGAUCAAUAGGGUUUCAUUAAUAUAAUAUCUUAUAAUUUGAUAGCUAUGAUUGGCGAACAUUUAAGUUUAUUCUGACAUACUUGAAAAUUGUUACAACAUGCUGGAAAAGCUAUGGUAGGUAUAAACUGGUAUUGUCUAUGGACCGGAAAUGUUCGGAAACUUUUCCGUUGAAAUUCCGUUUCUAUUUUUAGCCGUAGAUUAUCUGUAGAUGUAUAUAAUCUGUAGAUUAUUGUUGCUAUUAGAAGUCAUCGUUCUAUAUCAAAUACAGUCUUAUAUUUCUGGAGUUAUACAUGUGACAAUGCGGUUAGGAAACAUGUUUGAAUUGUCAGUCUGGAUUCCCGGCUAGGUUUCUACCUUUUCUACGUUAUAAGCUACGUGACCUCUAGGGCAGUACUAUGCGAUAGCUAAUCAAUAUCAUCGCUCAGUUCAGGUGACAUGAGGUCAACGUUUAUUCACGUGAUCAUAAAUUUGCAUAUUUGUAUUCAUACACGUGGUUGUUUUAAUUAAAACGUUGGCUUCAGUUUGUAUUGAUUUUAGUUGACGAAUUUACAUUAAAAAUGGUAUUAAGGCAUAUAUUGUAGCAUUGCAUAUUCUGCACGUUGUGUAGAUAAUUAUUUCCCUGGAAAGCCUGGAACUAUUUUUGGUUGUGUUGUUAGGAUGGUCUUAAGAACUGACAAGAUUUCUCAAACAGAGUAUUCUUUUUAACACUGGUGGCAGCAGCCACCAAAACAUCUUAAUAUUGCAGUAAAGGAAUUCAUGGAUGAUAUUAAAAAUGGGAGGAUACGGCAAGAGUUAUUGAAAAAAAAAUCAGUUGAAUAUAUUACUGUGAACGCGGAUGCAAAGUCAAUUUUGGUGACAGAAAAGAAAAUAUGUCUUAUGUAUAGGAAAUGAGCAAAAACGAUUUAUUAUAAUUUGUGAAUAUUUUCUCACAAGUCAAAGGACCUAGCAAUCUCAAACGUAUGAACUAUGACCGACAGGGUUCAUAUAGACGUCGGAGGUCAGGUGUACACGAUACCAUGUGAUCUUAUAGAAAAUGGACCUCAGUCUCGAUUGCAAGAAAUGUACAGAUCUGCAUCCACGACGUCCAAGACUUAUCGUAUAUGUUUAGACCGGCCAGUCGAAAUGUUCUCCGCCAUAUUGGCAAUGUACCAAACCGGAGAGUUGCACAUUCCGAUGACGUCAUGUCCGGGAGCGUUUAUGAAUGAGUUGGCAUUCUGGGAAAUUCCUGUUGAAAAGCUUUCAAUGUGUUGUUAUAACAGAUUGCAGUGUUUUCUCGACGAACAAGAAACAUUAAAAAAGUUUAGAGACAGUUUAGAAGGAGACACACAUCCAAAAUUGCCGCAAUCAUCAGCCAGUUGCAUCCAAACCGCCCGCUACAAACUGUGGAGCCUGGUUGAAUACAGACAGCCGUCGCUUGCAGCUAGAAUUUAUUUUGUACUGACUUUCUUCAUGGUGCUGUUGUCGAUAUUUAUAUUGGCUGUAAAGACCGAUUCAAGCUUCCAGAGAGCCAUGACUAAUUGCGAGCGCCUAGAAUACAUGAUCUCUGCCGGUAUGGAAGAUGUAGAUCUAGUCAGAGAAACGCUUGAAAAGUACUGCGAUGAAGACACUAUUCCUAACCAACAUGUAGUUGAAGGUCUUAGAAGAGGUGAAUUCGAGGAUGAAAGUUAUGAUUACUUUACAGAAUUUUAUAUCACUGUUGAUGGUAACGAUACACUGUCGGGAGAAUAUACUUUUAAUUCAACGGACAAUUCGUCUAUUCCGCUUGUUUUGAAAUCUCCGUACCCGAAAGGCAAAUUUGUGAAAGUCCCUAACAUGAAAGUAACAGUUUAUAUACUUACAGUGUUAGAGGUAAUUACGCUUGUAUAUUUCACUGGGGACCUUGUGGUUCGCCUUUUGUCAUGCCCAAGUGUAAUACAAUAUUUUGUUAGUAUAAUCAACAUUACAGACGCCUUAGCAUUGGUUUGCACGUAUGCUCAUUUGCUGGUUCUAUACGUGUAUGAACACCAACGUUACCGGGAUGGAAUGAUUGACCUACUGGAGUACUCUCAGAUGUUACGUGCCCUCAGAUUGUUCCGUGUCGUUUCCAAUAUCAGAGCUGGUAAAGUUUUGGCUUACUCGAUUCGUGCAAACUUCAAAGAUCUAUCGAUUCUCUUUUUAUUCCUGGUAGCUGGGGUGUGUACGUUUGCAAGUUGUUUCUACAUUGCCGAAGACAAAAUGGAUGUAAGUAGUAUUCUGAUUGGUUGGUACUGGGCAAUUGUUACCAUGACAACGGUUGGAUACGGAGACAUAUCUCCGAAAACACCAUUUGGCCGGUUCGUGGCUUGUGUGUGCGGCAUCUCAGGAGUACUACUGUUUGCCCUGACUUUGCCAAUAUUUGCAAAUCAUUUCAUAACACUAUAUCAACACACCGAUACCAGGAGUGCAUUUAGAAAGUUCAGAGGCAGUGAAUCUAGAAAUAACAGUGAUAAUCAGUUCACAAUAGAAGAUAAAGGAGAAAAAGUCACGUCUAUUGUUAAAAAGAACGAUAAAGUUUAACUGUUUACAUCUUUGUUAUUGUUGCUUUUUUGCUUAAUUUACGUUUUGUAUCCAGAUACCGCCGAAUAGCUGCAUAUAUUUCAAUUUAUGCGAUUGUAUACGAGUGUUUCUCUUAUUGUUUACUACUGUUGCAUGAUAAUUACUAUUUAUUUUUGUAAACAGCGUCUUGUAAGUUUUUCCAAACAAUACCAGAUACACAUA